AUGUCUGCUCGAGACAUUUACUAUUCGGAGAAAUAUUAUGACGACGAUCACGAAUACAGGCAUGUAGUGUUACCAAAAGAGAUGGUAAAACUUAUUCCUAAAAACCACUUAAUGAGUGAGGACGAGUGGCGUAGUAUUGGUGUGCAACAAAGCCACGGAUGGGUACACUAUAUGACACAUCAACCAGAGCCUCAUAUUCUACUGUUUCGAAGAAAGAAGCCUCAAACGCAGAACAAGUAA